ACGGAGGGACGCGCGGCCGGCGGACCGGGACGCGGCUGGGCGGUUGCACCCAGAGCCCGACAUGAACGGGUACGCGGAGUUCCCCUCCAGACCCUCAGACCCCACCAGGGGGCCCCCAGAGCCCCAGCCCGGCCGGGCCCCGCUCCAGGACGACGUGGACAUGAGCAGCGGCUCCAGCGGAAACGAGACCAGCGAGAACUGCUCCACGGGGCGGGACUCCCGGGGCAGCGACUGUGGCGACAGCGGCAAGGAGCAGGGCAUGCUGGUGGAGCCGCCGGCCGCCCACCAGAGUCCAGAUGCCUUCAGCCUGAUGAUGGCCAAGUCUGAACACAACCCGUCCACAAGUGGCUGCAGCAGCGACCAGCCUGCCAAAGCAGACGCGCACAGGGAGCUGAUACAGACGCUGAAGGAGCUGAAGGGCCACCUCCCCGCGGACAAGAGGGCCCCGGGGAAGGCCAGCACGCUGGCCACCCUGAAGUACGCCCUCAGCAGCGUGAAGCAAGUGAGAGCCAAUGAGGAAUAUUACCAGCUGCUGAUGUCCAGCGAGAGCCACCCCUGCGGGCCGGACGUGCCCCCCUGCACCGUGGAGGACAUGGAGCGCGUGACCUCCGAGUACAUCGGCAAGAACAUGGACAUGUUUGCCGUGGCGGUGUCCCUGGUGACCGGGAAGAUCCUGUACGUCUCUGACCAAGUCGCGUCCAUAUUUCGCUGUAAGAGAGACGCCUUCAGCGACGCCAAGUUCGUGGAGUUCCUGGCGCCCCACGACGUCAGCGUGUUCCACAGCUUCACCACGCCCUGCAAGCUGCCCGCGUGGGGCGUGUGCGGCAGAGCAGAUUCUUUUGCUCAAGAGUGCAUGGAGGAAAAAUCUUUCUUUUGCCGUGUCAGCGUUGGGAAGAACCACGAGAAUGAGGUUCGCUACCACCCGUUCCGCAUGACGCCUUACCUGGCCAAGGUGCGGGACCAGCGGGGCGAGGAGAGCCAGCUCUGCUGCCUCCUGCUGGCGGAGAGGGUGCACUCCGGCUACGAAGCCCCUAGAAUUCCUCCUGAAAAGAGAAUUUUUACAACCACUCACACGCCGAAUUGUCUGUUCCAGGACAUAGAUGAAAGGGCGGUGCCCCUCCUCGGCUACCUACCUCAGGACCUGACCGAGACCCCUGUGCUCCUGCAGCUCCACCCCAGCGACAGGCCCCUGAUGCUGGCCGUCCACAAAAAGAUCCUGCAGUCCGGCGGGCAGCCUUUCGACUACUCCCCCAUCCGGUUCCGGGCCCGGAACGGGGAGUACAUCACGCUGGACACCAGCUGGUCCAGCUUCGUCAACCCGUGGAGCAGGAAGAUCGCCUUCAUCAUCGGGAGGCACAAAGUCAGGGUGGGCCCUUUGAACGAGGACGUGUUCACGGCGCGCCCCUGCGAGGAGGAGAAGGCCCCCAGCCCCGGCAUCCAGGAGCUCACGGAGCAGAUCCACCGGCUGCUGCUGCAGCCCGUCCCCCACAGCGGCUCCAGCGGCUACGGGAGUCUGGGCAGCAACGGGUCCCACGAGCACCUCAUGAGCCAGACGUCCUCCAGCGACAGCAACGGCCACGAAGACUCUCGCCGCAGGAGAUCGGAAACUUGUAAAAGUGGCAGCAAGACCAAACCCAAAAGUCGUUAUUCUCAUGAACCUGGGGAGCAAAAGGAAAAAUCUGUUUCAGAAAUGCAGAGUAGUCCCCCGGCUCAGAUGAAAGCCGUGCCUGCCGCGGAAAAGGGCAGCUCAGGGGCCGGCUUCUCCAAGGCGAGCUCCCCCGAGGAGCUGGCCUGCAAGAGCCAGCCCGCCUGCUCCUACCAGCAGAUCAGCUGCCUGGACAGCGUCAUCAGGUACCUGGAGAGCUGCAGCGAGGCCGCCACCCUGAAGCGGAAGUGCGAGUUCCCGGCCAACAUCCCGGCGCUGAGGUCCAGCGACAAGCGGAAGGCCAUGGUCGGCCCCGGGCCGCCCGCCAGAGAGGCAGUGUCUCCCUCCAACGUGAACAGCCACACGGCAGUCAGCACUCGCCUCACCUCGCUGGCGCUGCCCCGCAAGGCGGAGAGCGUGGUGUCCCUCACCAGCCAGUGCAGCUACAGCAGCACCAUCGUCCACGUGGGGGACAAAAAGCCACAACCAGAGUCAGAGGUGGUGGAGGACGCCGUGAGCGGGCCGGACUCCCUGGACUGCCUGGCAGCCCCCGCCCUGCCCUGCGGCCUCGGCCAGGAGAAGGGCGCCUUCCGGAAGCUCGGCCUCACCAAGGAAGUGCUCGCAGCGCACACCCAGAAGGAGGAGCAAAGCUUCUUGCAGAAGUUCAGAGAAAUAAGAAAGCUCAGUAUUUUCCAAUCUCACUGCCAUUAUUACUUACAAGAAAGAUCCAGGGGGCACCUGAGUGAGCGAACUGCCUCUGGACUAAGAAACCCUUCUGGAAUAGAUUCCUCUUGGAAAAAGGCUGGAAAAAGCAGGAAACUGAAGUCCAAACGGGUCAAGCAUCGAGACUCCUCCGAGAGCACCGGGUCUGGGGGUCCCGUGCCCCACCGGCCGCCACUCUUAGGCCUGAAUGCCACCGCCUGGUCACCCUCGGACACCUCCCAGUCCAGCUGCCCCGCCAUGCCCUUCCCCACCGCUGUGCCAGCGUACUCCCUGCCCGUGUUCCCAGCGGCGGGGACCGUGGCGGCCCCACCUGUGGCGCCCCACGCCAGCUUCCCGAUGCCUGCCGUGCCCAUGGACGUCCAGCACCAGUUUGCAGCCCAGCCCCCGCCCUUCCCUGCGCCCUUGGCCCCUGUCAUGGCAUUCGUGCUGCCCAGCUAUUCCUUCCCCCUGGCGCCCCCCAGCCCGCCGCAGGCCUUCUUCCCUGGCCACCCCCACUGCCCAGGCCACCCCACACUCGUGUCCGAGAUGACGCCUGCCUCGCAGCCCGAGUUGCCGGGCCAGACCUCGAUCCCCAGACAGCCGUACGCCUGUCCGGCCACCCCAGCCACCCCACCGUCGGCCGCGGGCCGGGCCUCCCCGCCACUCUUCCAGUCCCGGGGCAGCUCCCCGCUGCAGCUCAACCUGCUGCAGCUGGAGGAGGGCCCCGAGUGUGGCGCUGGGGCUGUGGGGGCAGCAGGAGCCACAGGGACAGCAGCUUCGGGGCCGGACUACAACCCUGGCACUUCUCGGGACCGGCAGCCAAAGGCGUCUCCGACUCGCCGUGAGCCCUCAGACGCCCAGAACAGUGACGCGCUGUCCACAUCCAGCGACCUGCUGAACCUCUUGCUGAACGACGACCUCUGCUCGGCCUCGGCCUCGCCACUGUCCGGGAGUGCGGCCUCCGCCGCCUCCGACUCACUGGGCUCCAGCUCGCUGGGCCUCAACGCUUCCCGCGCCGGCGGGGCAGGCAGUAGUGACACAAGUCAUACCAGCAAGUAUUUUGGGAGCGUCGACUCUUCAGAGAACACGCACAGGGCGAAGCCGAGCACAGGCGUGGGCGAGAGUGAGCACUUCAUCAAGUAUGUCCUGCAGGACCCCAUCUGGCUGCUGAUGGCAGACACGGACGACAGCGUCAUGAUGACAUACCAGCUGCCGUCCCGGAAUGCAGAAACGGUGUUGAAGGAGGACAGAGAGAAGCUGAGGCUGCUGCAGAAGUUCCAGCCGCGGUUCUCGGAGGCGGAGCGGCGGGAGCUGAGCGAGGUGCACCCCUGGAUGCGCACGGGCGGCCUGCCCCCCGCCCUGGGCGCCGCGGAAUGUGUUUACUGUGAAAACGAGGGAAAAGGCAACAUUUGUGUACCAUAUGAGGAAGAUAUUCCUUCUCUGGGACACAGCGAAGCAUCCGACACCAAAGAAGAGGACAGCGGGUCCCCCUUGAGUCACAAGAACGAAGAACAGACAUAACAUAACCCCCACCCCACCCCGCCCUGACAGCCAGUGAUCUACAUUAGAUGGUGCUUAGAAGAGAGAAGGAUCUUCACAUUUGUUUCUAAUGAAAUGGACACGUAUACUUAUGUUGCUUUUUUGUUUUAGAAAAAAAAACAUAGUUUUCUGAAGGGGUGACUUUAAACUGUGGAGGGUGGGGAAGGUUGGGGGGAAGAAAUACGAUUUUAUAUUUAAAAUAUAUAUAUAUAUAUAUGGAGCUUCGUGGGAUAGGGGAAGAGAUUUUAUUAAUAAUUGUUAUUUAAUUUGAGAAAGACUGCAACACCUCUGUGUGUCAGGGAAGCCACUGGCUCUCGGAAGUCCUUCGCCUGUGAUGAGCCCUGCCCAGUGCCCCACUGGCCACCCCUGGGUGCUCCCAGGCACCCUACCAGGCCGCCUCGAAGGCCCGGACGCCACGCCACGUGGGGCUCCCUGCUGAGGACUCCGGCCUUUCAGAGCUUUCCCCGGGUGUGCCUGAUCGGGCCACAUUCUUGGGGGCCGCUUUCUACCUAAAUUUUCCUUUAGGCAAGCUAGGUUUUCUCGUUCACAUACCAAGUGGAGAUUACAGCCUCUCUUAAUUUUCUUUCUAAGUGUUUCAUGUUAAACGGGGAGGCACGGUUUGGCAAAGUAGCUGCUUUGGCUUUAGGCACCGCAGUGGUCGGUAUUGCAAUCCGGUGUCGCUUUUGUCUGUAGUGAACAAAGUUGAAACGUUUGCUCUGGACGAAAGGAGCCUGGUGGUCUGUGGGACCGGCUCCGUCAGACGAGCGCACCAGACCCCCUUUGUACAUCGUCUUGCCUCCUCCUCAGACCACGAUGGCCAAUACGUGGGAACACACGGUGCCAGUCAUGUCUUUGCAGUGACGUCCCCUGCCAGCUAGGCCUUGACCGGCACGUUGGGAACCCCGUUGUGUGGGGUUUUCUCCCGGCAGACAGUAGCUGCUGCCACCGCGAGUGUGUUCCCGCAGCUUCCAGCUACACCGUCCGUGCUUGCCUGUCCCACUGCACCUGGGCUCGGUGCCUGGCCCUCAUCAUCUUUGUGAGCGCGCGCUCACCUGGUGUAGCCUCAGCUCUGCCAGUAUCACCGGAACUUUCAGGUCAUCUGGACACUUGGGGGAAAGUGAGGUCGGUCUGCCCAACUUUUCACAAAACCUCAUGUCGCAUCACGUAUCCCAAAGAUGGCUUGGAAAAUGUAAUGAUGGUCCUUGGUGUGGAUGCAGAGUUAUCACUGAUAAGACAAUUGGCUUGAAGUCGGACCAGUUCUAUGAAGCUUAAAAGGAAGCAGGGUUUUCCUCGUUCUUUGACAGGGAAGUGGCUACAAGAAAGAUGAAAUGUCCUUGUAAUCCAGUUGGUUUUCAUAGUAAAACCGUCUUAUGCCUGAAUGUUAAUCUUAUUAAAGGAACACUUUAAUUAUUUUUUAAUUUACAAAGUCAUGUCACCUUCAGAUGCCCCAGGUAAGGAAGGUUAUAGCCUAUUUUUAUGGAAAUUAGAUGUUAGAAACUGCUUUCCGCCUCUGAGGUCAGAUCAUAAGAGGAUAGGCGAUAAUCUAAGGUUACAUUUUUGUUACCUAAACACAGAACUGCCAAAACGUUCUCACUCUACUGUUAUGAAUGUUUACCAUCGGCAUUAUUUUAUCAUUUCAUACAAGCUCUCUGAUUGUUAACUGUAUAGCUUCAACGUGUGCUGAGAAGUUGACUUAAUAGGGUCAUUUUGUGAUUUUGUUUACAUGGGAGGUCAAAUGUCGAGUCAUUUUCUUUAGUAUGUGUGCUUACAUGGGUGUUAAAAACCUUUUCUCUAUUUUAAACUGAGCCUUCUUUUUAAUAUAUUCCUAAAAAGGUAUGUAAAUAAGCUCUCAGAGUUUGUGUAAUGAUUUGCCGGGCCUUGCCGAACAAGCGGUUUGUUCGUGUGCGAACCAAACUUUCUUCACUCAGUGCAAUAUAUUUGUUUGACUGCUUGUGUCUUUUUAUGACCUUUUUGCCUUUUAGAAAAAUUGGUAAAUAAAGCAAGUAUAUUUUUAUUUUUA